AUGAAGUUUGAUUUGUCAGCAUCUCUCACAGUGAGUCCUGACAGAGUGCAACACUUCACCUCUGACUCUGUGUCACUGAGCUGUGAGGGAAACUCUACUGAGUGGAGAGUGAAGAGUCUUCCUGAGAACAGCUACGGGUCAUACUGCUCUAGCUGGGGGACAGUGACCAGAUCUACAUGUAACAUAAAACAUACCAGACCCAGUGCUGCAGUGUUCUGGUGUGAGUCUGGAUCAGGAGAGUUCAGCAACGCAGUCAACAUCACUAUACAGACAGUGUCCAGGCCUGAAAGCUCUUCAUUUCCUGUGCUGUUGAUUAUUGGGCUGGUUUGUGGAAUCAUACUUGUUAUUCUUCUGCUUCUAUUGUGUCGCUUCAGACUGUCCAAAGAUUCAUGCUUUAACAGGCCGAUCCAGACCGAGAGCACCAAUCGGGGCUCCGCCACUAGUGACAUGGUCAACCAGAAUGAGGCUCAGCGUGAUGAAUAUUCCACUCUUCUCCAUGGUGAUGCUUGUCUCUAUGAAACUAUCAAAUGCUCUGAAGACAAUUCAAAUGGUGCAGCUGAAUACGAGGAUGUCACAUGUUCUUUGAUUGAACUUAAAAGCAUUGGAAUGAAUGGUGAGUACUUCAAAUACAUGCAACAAAUAUAUAUUAACAGUCCAGAGAUGUUUUGGCCUGAAAAAGCUUAAGAUAAAGUAUUGAUUUAUUCAUGUCCUUUUUAUCUGAUGAUAACGACAAAUGUCUUUUUCACAGAUUCAUGCUUUAACAGGUUGGUACAACACCCUCUUCUUUUGAACAUGGCAGCAAAUACAUUCCAUGUUCCUUUUUUUUUUUAACAAAGUUUAAAUACGUUUUGUUACAGCAAAUUAACAGUUCACCAUGAGGACACAGUGGGCUUGUAUAUACCCACCCCCCUCCCCCCCACCCGUGGAAACCUCAGAGGGCCGAUCCAGACCGAGAGCACCAAUCGGGGCUCCGCCACUAGUGACAUGGUCAACCAGAAUGAGGAUCAGCAUAAUGAAUAUUCCACUCUUCUCCAUGGUGAUGCUUGUCUCUAUGAAACUAUCAAAUGCUCUGAAGACAAUAAAAAUGGGAAGCAACAUGAACCAGAGGAGAGCUCUGUUUACUCUGAUGUGAAGUUAUAAACUGCAAGUAGAGUUAACAUUAACAACAGUCAAGCUUAAAGUUUGUAUGCAAAUGUGUCAUAUCAUUACACCAUAAGUAAUUAUGAGUCAGCACUUCAAUUAAUCUCAAUUAGUCACCUUGGGUAGCUACUACAUAUUAUUUACUACUGAGCAUCACCAGAGUUGGAAAUUGUCAAAUCCCUCACCAAUCUAGGGCCUUUCAGACUUUUGGGGAUUUAUUCUGUUUGUGUGUAGGGCCUAUAUUUGUGUUUUUCAUAUAUAGUAUGUGAUUGUUAUAUUGUUAUUGUAUGUUGUGCCUUGUUUAUAUAGAUUUAAAUUUAUAUUCAGUUCAGUUCAGUUUUAUUUAUAUAGCGCAUUUAAAAACAUGUGUUUGUAUGUGAGCGAGACACA